UCGUGACCCGAUAGCGGGAGAAAGAAUCGGCAGCCCAGGCUGAGCGGGGAGACGCGAGCGAAGGGCCGAGCGAGGACGUGCGGAGGGGGGACCGGUGGGGCGCACCGCAGGCGCACGCGGAUGUCGGUGUCCCCGGGUUCAGGGAUGUCCUCCGCAUCUUUAUUAGUAAAUCUUCUUUCAGUUUUGCUCAUCCCUUUUGUGUUUGGAGAAACAGAAAUAAGGUUUGGUGGACAAAUGGAAUUUGUAGUUAAUGAAACAAGUACAACAGUUAUUCGUCUGGUCAUCGAAAGGAUAGGAGAGCCAGCAAAUGUCACUGCAAUUGUGUCGCUGUAUGGAGACGACACUGGUGACUUUUUUGACACCUACGCUGCAGCUUUUAUACCUGUUGGAGAAACAAAUAGGACAGUGUACAUAGCAGUGUGUGAUGAUGACUUACCAGAGCCUGAUGAAACUUUUAUUUUUCACUUAACGUUACAGAAACCUUCAGCAGACGUGAAGCUUGGAUGGCCAAGGACUGUUACUGUGACAAUAUUAUCAAAUGACAAUGCAUUUGGAAUUAUUUCAUUUAAUAUGCCUGUCUCAAUCACAGUGAGUGAGCCUAGAGGCAGAAAUGAAUCUGUGCCUCUUACUCUCAUCAGAGAAAAAGGAACCUAUGGAAUGGUCACUGUGACUUUUGAGGUAGAGGGGGGCCCAAAUCCACCUGAAGAAGAUCUGAGUCCAGUUAAAGGAAAUAUCACCUUUCCCCCUGGCAAAGGAACAGUAGCUUAUAACUUGACAGUCCUUGAUGAUGAGGUACCAGAAAAUGAUGAAAUAUUUUUGAUUCAACUGAAAAGUGUAGAAGGAGGAGCUGAUAUCAACACCUCUAGGAGCUCAGUUGAGAUCAUCAUUAAGAAAAAUGAUAGUCCCGUGAGAUUCAUUCAGAGUGUUUAUUUGGUACCUGAGGAAGACCACAUACUCGUAAUUCCAGUGGUUCGUGGAAAAGAUGACAAUGGAAAUGUGAUUGGAUCUGAUGAAUAUGACGUUUCGAUCAAUUAUGUUAUUAUAACUGGGAAUUCAACAGCACAUGCCCAGCAAAAUUUAGACUUUAUUGAUCUUCAGCCAAGUACAACAAUUGUUUUUCCACCUUUUAUUCAUGAAUCACACCUGAAAUUUCAAAUAGUUGAUGACGCUAUACCAGAGAUUGCUGAAUCAUUUCAUGUUGUGUUACUAAAAGAUACCUUACAGGGAGAUGCUGUGCUGUUGGGCCUUUCUGUUGUACAAGUCACUAUUAAGCCAAAUGACAAACCUUACGGAGUCCUCUCAUUCAACAGUAUCUUGUUUGAAAGGACAGUUGUAGUUGAUGAAGAUACCACAUCAAGAUUUGAAGAAAUUACAGUGGUUAGAAAUGGUGGCACACAUGGGAAUAUUUCGGUGAACUGGGUAUUGACCCGGAAUAGCAGUGAUCCCUCACCGGUAACAGCAGAUAUCAGACCAAGUUCCGGAGUUCUCCAUUUUGCACAAGGGCAGAUGUUGGCAUCAAUUCCUCUUACUGUCAUUAAUGAUGAUCUUCCAGAAGAGGCAGAAGCGUAUCUACUUCAGAUUCUGCCUCAUACAAUACGAGGAGGUGCGGAAGUGAGCGAACCAGCAGAGCUGUUGUUCUACAUUCAGGAUAGUGAUGAUGUUUACGGCCUAAUAACAUUUUUUGCCAUGGAAAACCAGAAGAUUGAAAGCAGCCCAGGUGAACGAUAUUUAUCCUUGAGUUUUACAAGACUAGGAGGAACCAAAGGAGAUGUGAAGAUGUUUUAUUCUGCACUUUAUGUUCCUGCUGGAGCUGUGGACCCUUUGCGAGCAAAAGAUGGCAUCUUAAAUAUACCCAGGAGAAAUAACCUCAUUUUUCCAGAACAAAAAACCCAAGUCACUACAAAAUUACCAAUAAGAAAUGAUGCAUUCCUUCAAAAUGGAGCUCACUUCCUAGUACAGUUGGAAACUGUGGAGUUGGUGAACAUAAUUCCCCCAAUCCCACCUAUAAGUCCUAGAUUUGGAAGAAUACGAAAUAUUUCUUUAGUGGUUACUCCAGAAAUUGCAAAUGGAGAAAUUGGCUUUAUUAGCAAUCUUCCAGUCAUUCUGCAUGAACCAGAAGAUUCUGCUGCUGAAGUGGUAUACAUUCCCUUGCAUCGGGAUGGAACUGAUGGCCAGGCUACCGUCUAUUGGAGUUUGAAACCCUCUGGCUUUAAUUCAAAAGCAGUGACCCUGGACGAUAUAGGUCCCUUUUAUGGCUCUGUUGUGUUUUUAUCUGGGCAAAGUGACACAACAAUCAACAUUACUGUCAAAGCCGAUGACAUACCCGAAAUGAAUGAGACAGUAACACUUUCUCUAAACAGGGUUGAUGUGGAAAAUCAAGUGCUGAAAUCUGGAUAUACUAGCCGUGACCUGAUUAUUUUGGAAAAUGAUGAUCCUGGGGGAAUUUUUGAAUUUUCUCCUGCUUCCAGAGGACCCUAUGUUAUAAAAGAAGGAGACUCUGUAGAGCUCCACAUUAUCAGGUCCCGGGGAGCUCUGGUCAAGCAGUUUCUGCAUUACCGAGUGGAGCCGAGAGAGAGCAGUGAAUUCUAUGGAAACACUGGGGUGCUGGAAUUUAAACCUGGGGAGAGGGAGAUUGUGAUCACCUUGCUAACAAGAUUGGAUGGGAUACCAGAGUUGGAUGAACACUAUUGGGUGGUCCUCAGCAGCCACGGUGAACGAGAAAGCAAGCUAGGAAGUGCGACGAUUGUCAACAUCACGAUUCUAAAAAAUGAUGAUCCUCAUGGGAUUAUAGAAUUUGUUUCUGAUGAUCUAAUUGUUAUGAUAAAUGAAAGCAAAGGAGACGAUACCUAUAGUGCUGUUUAUGGUGUAAUAAGAAAUCGAGGCAACUUUGGUGAUGUUAGUACAUCAUGGGUGGUUAGUCCAGACUUUACACAAGAUGUAUUUCCUGUCUGGGGGACUAUUUUCUUUGGAGAUCAGGAAUUUUCAAAAAAUAUCACCGUUUACUCCCUUCCAGAUGAGAUUCCAGAGGAAAUGGAGGAAUUUACCAUUACUCUACUUAAUGCCACUGGAGGAGCUAAAAUAGGAAAUAAAACUACGGCAACUCUGAGGAUUAGAAGAAAUGAUGACCCCAUUUAUUUUGCAGAACCUCGUGUAGUGAGGGUUCAGGAAGGUGAGACUGCUCACUUUACAGUUCUUAGAAAUGGAUCUGUUGAUGUUGCCUGCACCGUCCAAUAUGCUACCAUGGACGGGAAGGCUACCGCAAGCGAUGGAGACUUUGUUCCUGUUGAAAGAGGAGAAACGCUUGUUUUUGCAGUCGGAAGUAGAGAGCAGAGCAUAUCUGUAUUCGUUAACGAAGAUGAUGUCCCAGAAACAGAUGAAGACUUUUACAUAAUCCUCUUUAAUUCAACAGGUGAUACAGUGGUAUACCAAUAUGGAAUCGCUACAGUGAUAAUUGAAGCUAAUGAUGACCCAAAUGGCAUUUUUUCUUUGGAGCCCAUAGACAAAGCAGUAGAAGAAGGAAAGACUAAUGCAUUUUGGAUUGUGAGGCACCGAGGACACUUUGGCAGUGUUUCUGUGGCUUGGCAGCUGUUUCAGAAUGAUUCUGCUUUGCAACCUGGACAAGAGUUCUAUGAAACUUCAGGAACUGUUAAUUUUAUGGAUGGAGAAGCAGCCAAACCAAUAAUUCUUCAUGCUUUUCCAGAUAAAAUUCCUGAAUUCAAUGAAUUUUAUAUUUUAAAGCUUGUAUACAUUUCAGGUGGGUCCCCAGGUCCUGGGGGCCAACUAGCAGGAACCAACCUCCAGGUGACAGUAAUGAUUCCAUUCAAUGACGAUCCCUUUGGAGUUUUUGUCUUGGAUCCAGAGUGCUUAGAGAGAGAAGUGGCAGAAGAUGUCCUCUCAGAAGAUGACAUGUCUUAUAUUACCAACUUCAUCCUUUUGAGGCAGCAGGGUGUCUUUGGUGACGUACGAGUUGGUUGGGAAGUACUGUCCAGUGAGUUCCCUGCUGGUUUGCCUUCAAUGACAGAUUUUUUGCUGGUUGGGAUUUUCCCCAGCACUGUGCAUUUACAACCACACAUGCGGCGUCACCAUAGCGGAACAGAUGCUUUAUACUUCAGUGGACUAGAGGGUGCGUUUGGAACUGUUAGUCCAAAAUACCAUCCCUCCAGGAACAACUCAGUUGUCAACUUUACAUUUUCAGCUUGGGUAAUGCCCAAUGCCAACACGAAUGGAUUUGUUAUAGCAAAGGAUGAUGGGAAUGGAAGCAUCUACUAUGGGGUGAAAAUUCAAACAAAUGAAUCCCAUGUGACACUUUCCCUUCAUUACAAAACUUUGGGGUCCAAUGCUACGUAUAUUGCCAAGACAACAGUCAUGAAAUAUUUAGAAGAAAAUGUUUGGCUUCAUCUUCUAAUUAUCCUGGAUGACGGUAUCCUUGAAUUCUACCUGGAUGGAAAUGCAAUGCCCAGAGGAAUCAAGAGUCUGAAAGGAGAAGCCAUUACUGAUGGUUCUGGAACACUGAGAAUCGGGGCAGGAGUGAAUGGCAACGACAGAUUUACAGGUCUGAUGCAGGAUGUGAGGUCCUAUGAGCGGAAACUGACUCUUGAAGAAAUUUAUGAACUUCACGCCAUGCCAGCCAAGAGUGAUUUACACCCGGUUUCUGGAUAUCUGGAGUUCAGACAGGGAGAAACUAACAAAUCCUUCAUUAUUUCUACAAGAGAUGACAAUGAAGAAGAAGGAGAAGAAUUAUUUAUUCUUAAACUAGUCUCUGUAUAUGGAGGAGCUCGCAUUUCUGAAGAAAAUACUACAGCAAGAAUAAUAAUACAAAAAAGUGACAAUGCCAAUGGCUUGUUUGGUUUCACAGGAGCUUGUAUACCAGAGAUUGCAGAGGAGGGAUCCACCAUUUCUUGUGUGGUGGAGCGAACUAGAGGAGCUCUGGAUUAUGUGCACGUUUUUUACACCAUCUCGCAGAUCGAAUCUGACGGCAUUAAUUACCUUGUUGAUGAUUUUGCUAAUGCCAGCGGCACUAUCACAUUCCUUCCUUGGCAGAGAUCAGAGGUCCUGAAUAUAUACGUUCUUGAUGAUGAUAUUCCUGAACUUAAUGAGUAUUUCCGGGUGACAUUGGUUUCUGCAAUUCCUGGAGAUGGGAAGCUAGGUUCAACUCCCACCAGUGGUGCGAGCGUAGAUCCUGAAAAGGAAACGACAGAUAUCACCGUCAAAGCUAGUGAUCAUCCAUACGGCUUGCUGCAGUUCUCCACAGGGCUGCCGCCCCAUCCUGAGGACUCAAUGAGCCUGCCGGCGAGCAGUAGUCCACAUGUUACUGUGCAGGAGGAAGACGGAGAAGUUAGGUUAUUGGUCGUCCGUGCACAAGGCCUCCUGGGGAGGGUGAUGGCGGAAUUUAGAACAGUGUCAUUGACAGCCUUCAGUCCUGAGGACUACCAGGGUGUUGCUGGUACCUUAGAAUUUCAACCAGGAGAAAGAUAUAAAUACAUUUCUGUUAACAUCACUGAUAAUUCUAUCCCUGAAUUGGAAAAAUCUUUUAAAGUUGAAUUGUUAAACUCGGAUGGAGGAGUCACUGAACUCUUUAGGGUUGAUGGCAGUGGUAGUGGUGAUGGGGACAUGGAAUUCUUCCUUCCAACUAUUCACAGACGUGCCAGUCUAGGAGUGGCUUCCCAAAUUCUGGUGACAAUUGCCGCCUCUGACCAUGCUCAUGGUGUAUUUGAAUUCAGCCCUGAGUCACUCUUUAUCAGUGGAACUGAACCAGAAGAUGGGCACAGCACUGUUAUAUUAAACAUUAUGAGAAGUCAUGGAGCCCUGUCUCGAGUGACUUUGCUUUGGAGCAUAGACUCUGAUCCUGAUGGUGAUCUCGCCUUCAUCUCUGGCAACGUCACAUUUGAGAUUGGGCAGAAGAAUGCCAACGUAACAGUGGAAAUACUGCCAGAUGAAGAGCCAGAACUGGAUAAGGCAGUCUCUGUGUCAAUCCUCAGUGUCUCCAGUGGCUCUUUGGGAGUUCAUACUAACGCCACACUAACAAUUUUGGCUAGUGAUGAUCCUUAUGGGGUCUUCAUCUUUUCCGAGAACAGUAGACCUAUUAAAGUUGAGGAAGCAAACCAGAACAUCACGUUGUCAAUAAUGAGGUUAAAAGGCCUCAUGGGAAAAGUCACAGUCACAUAUGCAACACUGGAUGAUAUGGAAAAACCACCUUAUUUUCCACCGAAUUUAGCCAGAGCAACUCAAGGAAGAGACUAUAUUCCAGCUUCUGGAUUUGCUCUUUUCAGAGCCAAUCAGAGUGAGGCAACAAUAACUAUUUCAAUUUUGGAUGAUGAUGAACCAGAAAGAUCAGAGUCUGUAUUUAUUGAACUACUCAACUCUACUUUAAUAGAGCGAGUACAGAAUCGCCCAAUUCCAAAUUCUCCACGCCUUGGGCCUAAGGUAGAAACUAUUGCUCAUCUCAUUAUCAUCGCCAACGAUGAUGCAUUUGGAACUCUUCAGCUCUCAGCACCAGUUGUUCGAGUGGCGGAAAAUCAUGUUGGACCCCUUAUCAACGUGACUAGAACAGGAGGAGCAUUUGCGGAUGUUUCUGUGAAGUUUAAAGCCGUGCCAAUAACAGCAAUAGCUGGUGAAGAUUAUAGUAUAGCUUCGUCAGAUGUGGUCUUGCUGGAAGGGGAAACCAGUAAAGCUGUGCCAAUAUAUAUCAUUAACGACAUCUACCCUGAACUGGAAGAAUCUUUUCUUGUGCAACUGCUGAAUGAAACCACAGGAGGAGCCAAACUAGGGGCGUUAACAGAGGCGAUCAUUAUUAUUGAGGCCUCUGAUGACCCCUAUGGAUUAUUUGGUUUUCAGAUUACUAAACUUAUUGUAGAGGAACCUGAGUUUAACUCAGUGAAGGUAAACCUGCCAAUAAUUCGAAAUUCUGGGACACUCGGCAAUGUUACUGUUCAGUGGGUUGCCACCAUUAAUGGACAGCUUGCUACUGGCGACCUGCGAGUUGUCUCAGGUAAUGUGACCUUUGCCCCUGGGGAAACCAUUCAAACCUUGUUGUUAGAGGUCCUGGCUGACGACGUUCCGGAGAUUGAAGAGGUUGUCCAAGUGCAACUAACUGAUGCCUCUGGUGGAGGUACUAUUGGGUUAGAUCGAGUGGCAAAUAUUAUUAUUCCUGCCAAUGAUAAUCCUUAUGGUACAGUAGCCUUUGUUCAGUCGAUUUAUCGUGUUCAAGAGCCUCUGGAGAGAAGUUCCUGUGCUAACAUAACUGUCAGAAGAAGCGGAGGGCACUUUGGUCGGCUGUUGUUGUUCUACAGUACUUCCGAUAUUGAUGUAGUGGCUCUUGCAGUUGAGGAAGGUCAAGAUUUACUGUCCUACUAUGAAUUGCCAAUUCAAGGAGUGCCUGACCCGCUUUGGAGAACUUGGGUGAAUGUCUCUGCAUUGGGGGAACCCCAGCAUACCUGUGCCACUUUGUGCCUCAAAGAACAUGCGUGCUCAGCAUUUUCAUUUUUCAGUGCUUCUGAGGGCCCCCAGUGUUUUUGGAUGACAUCAUGGGUCAGCCCAACUGUUAACAACUCAGACUUCUGGACCUACAGGAAAAACAUGACCAGGGUAGCAUCUCUUUUUAGCGGUCACGCUGUGGCUGGCAGUGACUAUGAGCCUGUGACAAGGCAGUGGGCCAUAAUGCUGGAAGGUGAUGAAUUCGCAAAUCUCACAGUUUCUAUUCUUCCCGAUGAUUUCCCAGAGAUGGAUGAGAGUUUCCUAAUUUCUCUUCUUGAAGUUCACCUCAUGAAUAUCACAGCCAGUUUUAAAAACCAGCCAACUAUAGGACAGCCAAAUACUUCUACAGUUGUCAUAGCCUUAAAUGGUGAUGCCUUUGGAGUGUUUGUGAUCUACAGUAUUAGUUCCAAUACCUCAGAAGAUGGCUUGUAUGUCGAAGUUCAGGAGCAACCCCAAACCACAGUGGAGCUGAUGAUCCACAGGACAGGGGGCAGCUUAGGUCAGGUGACAGUCGAAUGGCGUGUUGUUGGUGGAACCGCUACUGAAGGUUUAGAUUUUAUAGGUGCUGGAGACAUUCUGACUUUUGCUGAAGGUGAAACCAAAAAGACAGCCAUUUUAACCAUUUUGGAUGAUUCUGAGCCAGAGGAUGAUGAGAGCAUCGUAGUUAGUUUGGUGUACACCGAAGGUGGAAGUAGGAUUCUGCCCAGCUCCAACACUGUUAGAGUGAACAUUUUGGCCAAUGACAAUGUGGCGGGAACUGUUAGCUUUCAGACAGCUUCCAGAUCUGUCAUAGGUCAUGAAGGAGAAAUUUUGCAAUUCCAUGUGAUAAGAACACCUCCUGGUCGAGGAAAUGUUACUGUUAACUGGAAAAUUAUUGGGCAAAAUCUAGAACUCAAUUUUGCUAACUUUACUGGGCAGCUCUUCUUUUCUGAGGGGUCACUGAAUGAAACAAUAUUUGUGCAUUUGUUGGAUGACAGCAUUCCUGAGGAGAAAGAAGCACACCAAGUCAUUCUGUAUGAUGUUAGGACACAAGGAGUUUCACCAGCAGGAAUCGCUCUGCUUGAUGCUCAAGGAUAUGCAGCCGUUCUGACUGUAGAAGCCAGUGAUGAACCAUACGGAGUUUUAAAUUUUGCUCUUUCAUCAAGAUUUGUUUUGCUUCAAGAGGCUAACAUAACAGUUCAGCUUUUCAUCAACAGAGAAUUUGGAUCUCUAGGAGCUGUCAAUGUCACAUAUGCCACGGUUCCUGGAAUGUUGACUCUAAAGAACCAAACAGAAGGAAACCUAGCUGAGCCAGAUGUUGACUUUGUCCCAGUGGUUGGCUUUCUGAUUUUAGAAGAAGGGGUAACAGCAGCAGCCAUCAACAUUACUAUACUUGAGGAUGAUAUACCGGAACUAGAAGAAUAUUUCCUCGUGAAUUUAACUCAUGUUGAACUUAUCAUGGCUCCUUUCACUUCAUUUCCUCCUAGACUAGAUUCAGAGGGCUUGACUGCACAAAUUAUUAUUGACGCCAACGAUGGUGCUCGAGGAGUAAUCGAAUGGCAACGUAGCAGGUUUGAAGUAAAUGAAACUCAAGGAAGUUUAACAUUGGUAGCCCAGAGGAGCAAAGGGGCUCUCGGCCACGUCUCCUUGUUUGUGUAUGCCCAGAAUUUGGAAGCACAGCUGGGGCUGGAUUACAUCUUCACCCCAAUGAUUCUUCAUUUUGCUAAUGGAGAAAGGUAUAAAAAUGUUGACAUCGUGAUUCUUGAUGAUGACAUUCCAGAAGGACAUGAAACAUUUCAGCUGAUUUUAACAAAUCCUUCUCCUGGACUAGAGCUGGGGGGAAAUACGAUAGCCUUAAUUACUGUCCUUGCUAAUGAUGAUGGCCCAGGAGUUCUGUCAUUUAACAACAGUGAGCACUUUUUCCUAAGAGAGCCAGCAGCUCUCCACAUCCAGGAGAGUGUUGCAGUGUUGCACGUUGUUCGGGAACCUGCACAAGGACUGUUUGGCACUGUGACAGUUCAGUUCAUGGUGACAGAAGUGAAUUCUUCAGUGGAGUCUAAAGAUCUGACUCCUUCCAGAGGCUAUAUUGUUUUAGAAGAAGGUGUCCGCUUCAAGGCCCUACACAUAUCUGCCAUAUUGGACACGGAACCAGAGAUGGACGAGCAUUUUGUUUGCACUUUGUUUAAUCCGACUGGAGGUGCUAGACUAGGGAUGCAUGUUCAAACCCUGAUAACGGUUUUGCAAAACCAGGCCCCUCUGGGGCUGUUCAGUAUCUCUGCACUUGCAAAUAGAGCCACCUCUAUAGACAUUGAAGAAGCCAACAGGACUGUAUAUUUAAAUGUGUCCCGUACCAAUGGCAUUGAUUUAGCUGUGAGCGUGGAGUGGGAAACAAUAUCUGAAACAGCCUUUGGCAUGAGGGGAAUGGAUGUUAUGUUUUCUGUAUUUCAAAGUUUUUUGAAUGCAUCGGCUUCUGGCUGGUGUUUCUUUACUUUGGAAGAUUCAAUAUAUGGUGUAAUGUUAAGAAAAUUGUCUUCUACUGUUUACCGAUGGCAAGGGAUUUUUGUUCCACUUGAGGAUUUAAAUAUAGAAAAUCCUAAAACUUGUGAGGCCUUUAAUAUCGGUCUUUCCUCCUUCUUUGUGAUUACUCAUGAAGGAGGAAAUGAAGAUAAGCCUUCUGUUAACAGUGUGUAUGCAUUCACAUCUGCAUCCAGAUCAUUGCUGGUACAAACAAUCAUUAUUUCAGAAAGUUCUCAAGUAAAAUAUUUUACUUCAGACAGUCAAGAUUAUUUAAUUGUUGCAAGUCAAAGAGAUGGUUCUGAAUUAACUCAGGUUUUCAGAUGGAAUGGAGGAAGCUUCCAGUUGCAUCAGACACUCCCUGUCCGAGGUGUGCUGAGCGUGGCCAUAUUCACCAGAGCAGGCUCUGUGUUCUUAGCCAUUUCCCAGGCUAAUGCCGGGCCAAAUGCCCUUUUACUUAAAUGGUCUGGCAAUGAGUUUAUUAACUUUCAAGAAGUGCCAAUCAGUGGGACAACACAAGUCGAGGCCUUGACUUCAGGCGAUGAUAUUUACCUAAUUUUUGCAAAAACUAGCUUUCUAGGAGAUCAGAAUUCAACUGAUAUGUUCAUCUGGGAGACAGGACAGUCUUCUUUCAGAUAUUUUCAAUCCCUGGAUUUUGCUGCUGUUAAUAGGAUCUACGCCUUCACAGCAGCCUCAGGAAUAGUCCACAUCCUUCUUAUUGGCCAAGCUGUGUCUGCUCUUUACUGCUGGAAUUCAGAGCUGAAUCAGUUCUCAUUUAUUCUGGAAGCACCUUCUGCUCAUGAUGCAGCUUCUGUCACAGUAAAGGCCCUUAAUUCAAGCAAGAACUUAAUUGCUCUGGCGGGAUCCAGCCACUCACACGUAUAUGAGCUGGCCUACAUCUCGAGCCAGUCUGACUUUAUUCCUAGUUCAGGUGAACUGAUAUUUGAACCUGGUGACACAGAAGCUGUAAUAGCAGUAAAUAUCCUUGAUGAUACAGUUCCAGAACAAGAAGAGUCCUUCAGAGUUCAGCUUAAAAAUCCCAAAGGAGGAGCAGAGAUUGGUAUUAAUGCUUAUGUGAAAAUAACUAUUCUGUCUAAUGAUGAUGCCUAUGGAGUUGUUGGAUUUGCUCAGAAUUCAUUAUAUAAGCAAGUGGAAGAAAUGGAGCACGAUAGUCUAGUAACCUUGAAUGUUGAACGUGUAAAAGGAACAUAUGGUCGUAUAACUGUAGCGUGGGAAGCUGACAGAAGUAUUAGUGACAUAUUUCCUACCUCAGGAGUGAUUUCAUUUUCUGAAGGCCAGGCUCUGUCUACAAUCACUCUGACUGUUCUUGCUGAUGAAGUCCCAGAGGUAUCAGACAUUGUGAUCAUAACACUCAUCAGUGUUACCACAGAAGGGGUUGAGGACCCAUCGAAAGGUGCUACUAUUGAUCAGAAAAGAAACAAGUCUGUGAUAACCACUCUGCCCAAUGACUCACCCUAUGGCUUGGUGGGCUGGCACUCUGAGUCUCUCUUCAUUAGAGUAGCAGAGCCUAAAGAGAACAUCAGCAUUCUUCAGUUACAAAUUGUUCGAGAUAAGGGACUACUUGGGGACGUUGCCGUUCACUUGAUAGCUAAACCCAAUUUCUCACUGCACAUCAAUAAUCGAGCUACUGAGAAUGAAGAUUAUGUGCUACAAGAAACAAUAAUAAUAAUGAAAGAAAACAUAAAGGAAACUCAUGCCAAAGUUGCUAUUUUGCCGGAUGAUGCUCCCGAGUUGGAGGAAGGAUUUAUUGUCAACAUCACCGAGGUGUACCUGGUGAACUCGGACUUCUCUGCAGGACAGCCAAGUGUGCACAGGCCUGGAAUGGAGAUAGCUGAGAUAAUGAUUGAAGAAAAUGAUGAUCCCAGAGGCAUUUUUAAGUUUCAUGUUAUCAGAGAUGUUGGUGGAGUUAUUACUGCCUAUGAGGUGCCUCCACCCUUGAAUGUUCUUCACGUUCCUGUAGUCCGGCUGGCGGGAAGCUUCGGGGCAGUGAACGUUUAUUGGAAAGCAGCAUCGGACAGUGCUGGCCUGGAAGACUUUAAGCCAUCUCAUGGGAUUCUUGAAUUUGCAGAUAAACAAGUUACUGCAGUGAUAGAAAUCACCAUAAUUGAUGAUGCUGAAUUUGAACUCAUGGAAACGUUCAAUAUUUCCUUAAUCAAGGUGGCUGGAGGUGGCAGACUUGGUGAUGAUGUUGUGGUAACUGUUGUUAUUCCACAAAAUGAUUCUCCAUUUGGAGUAUUUGGAUUUGAAGAAAAGACUGUAAUGGUUGAGGAAUCCUUUUCAUCUGAUGACCCUGAUUCAUCUGUGACAUUAACAGUUGUCCGGUCCCCGGGAGGAAAAGGAGCCGUCCAACUUCAGUGGACUGUGGAUGAGACGGCUAAAGAUGAGCUCAGUCCUUUGAAUGGGACACUUCAUUUUGAGGAGACUGAGUCCCGGAAGACCAUCGUAUUGCACACACUUCAAGACAUCGUGUUGGAGGAGGACAAGCGUUUCACCAUUCAGCUGCUAUCAAUUGAUGAGGUAGAAAUAUCUCCAGUGAAAGGUAGCGCAUCCAUAAUCAUUCAGGGAGAUAAGGGAGCGUCGGGAGAAGUUGGGAUAGCUCCAUCAUCUAGGCACGUCCUCAUAGGGGAACCCGCAGCAAAAUACAAUGGUACUGCUAUCAUCAGCCUCAUUCGUGGCCCAGUGAUUCUGGGCGAGGUCACAGUGUACUGGAGGAUAUUCCCUCCUUCUGUGGGGAAAUUUGCUGAAACAUCGGGAAAACUGACAAUGCGAGAUGGACAGUCUGCGGCAAUUGUAGUGAUACAGGCUUUGAAUGAUGACGUUCCUGAGGAAAAGCGUUUUUAUGAGUUUCAGCUCACUGGAGUCAGUGAGGGCGGAAGACUGAGCAAGUCCAGCCGCACCGCCAACGUCACCCUGGUGGCCAGUGACUCUCCCUAUGGCCGAUUCGCCUUCUCACAUGAGCAGCUUCGAGUGCCAGAAGCAGCACAAAGGGUUAACGUCACCGUCCUUCGCUCUGGCGGAUCCUCCGGCCCCGUGAGACUGUGGUAUGAGACGAUGAGCGGGACAGCCGAGGCGGGCCUGGACUUCAUCCCUGCCUCCGGGGAGCUCCUCUUUGAAGCCAGGGAGGUGGCGAAAAGCGUGCAUGUUGAGAUACUUGAUGAUGGCCUUCCUGAAGGCCCUGAGGAAUUUUCUCUCGUGAUUACCAAGGUGGAACUUCUGGGAAGAGGGUAUGAUUUUACCAUCCAAGAAAAUGGACUUCAGGUAGAUCAGCCUCCUGAAAUAGGAAACAUCUCCAUUGUCCAAAUCAUAAUAAUGAAAAAUGAUAACGCAGAGGGCAUCAUUGAAUUUGACCCAAGGUAUACUGCCUUCGAAGUGGAGGAAGAUGUCGGGAUGAUUGCAAUCCCAGUGGUGAGGCUGCACGGGACUUACGGCCGUGUGACAGCUGAUUUCAUCUCUCAGAGCGCCUCUGCGGUUCCUGGAGGUGUCGAUUACAUACUGCAUGGCAGUUCAGUCACCUUUCAGCAUGGGCAGAGCUUAAGUUUUAUAAAUAUCUCCAUCAUUGAUGACAAUGAAAGUGAAUUUGCAGAGCCCAUUGAAAUUCUGCUGGUUGGAGCUACUGGUGGAGCGGUCCUUGGGCGCCACCUAGUGAGCAGAGUCAUGAUAGACAAGAGUGACUCUCCCUUUGGCGUUGUAAGAUUUCUCAAUCAAAGCAAAAUUUCUGUUCCUAAUCCCAAUUCCACAAUGAUUUUAUCCUUGGUGCUGGAGCGGACUGGAGGACUCUUGGGAGAGAUUCAGGUGAACUGGGAGAUCAUAGGACCCAAUUCUCAGGAAGCCUUACCACCGCAGAACAGAGACAUUGCAGACCCAGUGAAUGGGUCCUUCUAUUUUGGAGAGGGAGAAGGUGGAGUGAGAACCAUACAUCUGACCAUCUACCCUCAUGAAGAAAUUGAAGUUGAAAAGACUUUCAUUAUUAAACUUAAACUUAUGAAAGGAGAAGCUAAAUUAGAUUCCAGAGCUCAAGAUAUUACAUUAACAAUACAAAAGUUUGGUGAUCCAAAUGGAGUUGUUCAAUUUGCUCCUGAGUCUUUAUCUGAAAAGACCUAUUUGGAGCCAUCGGCUCUGGAAGGGCCCCUGACCAUUACUUUCUUUGUCGAAAGAGUCAAGGGCAUUUCUGGAGAGAUUACGGUUUUCUGGGAAAUAAGUAGUGAGUUUGAUAUUACCGGAGACUUUCUUUCUACAAAAGGAUUUUUCACAAUAGCUGAUGGAGCGAGUGCGGUGAGCUUUGAUGUUCAUUUGCUGCCAGAUGAGGUACCUGAGGUAGAGGAAGAUUAUGUGAUCCAGCUUGUUUCUGCAGAGGGAGGAGCAGAACUGGAUCCGGAAAAGUGCAUCGCACGGUUCUCUGUUUCUGCGAAUGAUGACCCACAUGGAGUAUUUGCUCUGUAUUCAGAUCACCAGUCGAUACUUAUUGGGCAGGACCUCAGUAGAUUCAUUCAAAUUAAUGUAACCCGGCUUGCUGGAACAUUUGGAGAUGUGGCUGUUGGAUUUCAAAUAUCAUAUGAUCAAAAGGAGCAGCCAAUUGUUACUGAAAGUGCAGAGAGGCAGCUGGUGGUCAAAGAUGGUGCCAGAUAUAAAGUGGACAUGGUGCCAGUAAAGAGUCAGGUCUUCCUUUCACUGGGCUCUAAUUUCACCUUGCAACUGGUGACUGUGAUGCUUAUUGGUGGACGUUUCAAUGGAAUGCCGAAAAUUCUCCAGGAAGCAAAAUCCGCUGUCCUUCCCGUCCCUGAGAACGCCGCCAAUUCUCAGGUUGGAUUUGAAUCGACCGCUUUUCCUCUCGCGGACAUCACUGCCGGGACAAGCCACGUUGUGGUUUCCAGGAGAGGCACGUUUGGCUCUCUUACGGUCGCCUGGGCUGCUGGAUACCCUCCUGGGUUAGAUAUGCCCGAAUUUGUUGUUGUCGGCAACAUGACCCCAGGACUGGGGAGCCUCUCCUUUUCCCACGGAGAACGAAGUAUGGGAGUCUUGCUGAGGACGCUUCCCCGCCCCGGGCGGCCGGAGGCCUUUGUGACUCACCUCUCAGGGGUGCAGAGCGGUGCCCCCGGAGGGGCUCAACUUCGAUCGGGUUUCACCAUUGCUGAAAUUGAACCAAUGGGAGUCUUUCAACUUUCCCCUAGUUCAAGAAACAUCGUAGUGUCAGAGGAUACACAGAUUAUCAGAUUACAUGUGCAAAGACUGUUUGGGUUCCAUGGCGAUCUUAUUAAAGUUUCCUAUCAGACAACUGCAGGAAGCGCAAAGCCCCUGGAAGACUUUGAGCCAGUUCAGAAUGGGGAACUGCUUUUUCAAAAAUUCCAAGCUGAGGUUGAUUUUGAAGUAAUCAUUAUUAAUGAUCAGCUUGCUGAGAUAGAAGAAAUUUUUUACAUUAAUCUAACUUCAGUAGAAAUUAAAGGAUUACAAAAGUUUGAUGCUAAUUGGAGACCCCGCCUGAAUCUUGAUUUCAGUGUGGCAGUGAUCACAAUACUGGAUGAUGACGACCUGGCAGAAAUGGAUGUUUCUUUCCCCAAGACAACUGUGGCUAUUGCAGUUGACACAGGUCUUAUUCCUAUGGAAACUGACUCUUCCACCACACACCCUGAGACAACCAAGAUAACUGCCAUUCCACAGCCGACCGAAAUGGUUGCCAUUGUUACUGAGGUAGCUGGUACAUCUGCCACCCCUGAGAUACUUGUCACUCUUCCCGGUACAUCUGCCAUGUCUGAGAAGCCUGAUGUGGCCACCGUAACUGCCAGUGUUUCCAUUCAUGGAGCAUUUAGUCUUGGGCCACCCAUUGUUUACGUUGAAGAGGAGAUGAAGAAUGGCAGAUUUAAUGCUGCAGAGGUUCUUAUCCGAAGAACUGGGGGGGUUACUGGCAAUGUCAGUAUAACAGUUAAGACUUUUGGUGAAAGAUCUGCUCAGAAGAAACCAAAUGAUUGGCCCUUUCCUGACGUCUAUGGAUUUUCCAACCUAACGUGGGCAAUUGAAGAAGACGACUUUGCAGAAGAAACUCUUAUCCUUAAAUUUGUAGAUGGAGAAAGAGAACGUAAAGUAUUGAUUCAAAUUUUGGAUGACGAUGAGCCUGAGGGGCAGGAAUUCUUCUAUGUGUUUCUUACAGACCCUCAAGGGGGAGCACAGAUUGUGAAGGAAAAAGAUGACUCUGGAUUUGCGGCUUUUGCCGUGAUCAUUAUUGCAGGGAGUGAUCUUCACAAUGGCGUCCUAGGAUUCAGUGAGGAGUCCCAGAGUGGAGUGGAGCUGGGGGGAGGAGCUGAUCUGAGAGUACUGCAUCUUGUUGUCACAAGGCAGCCAGAAAGGGCCUUUGAAGAUGUCAGAGUCUUUUGGCGAAUCACAUUUAACAAAACAGCCACUGUCCUCCAGAAAGAUGGUGUGAACCUGAUGGAUGAACUCCUGUCUGUGUCAGGGACCACGAUCUGUACAGCAGGUCAAACAAAAUGUUUUAUCACCGUUGAACGUAAACCAGGGAAGAGACCUCAAGUUGAAAUGCAUUUUUUUGUGGAACUGUAUGAAGUAACUGCUGGAGCAGCAAUAAACAAUAGUGCCAGGUUUGCACGGGUUAGAUUCUUACCGAGUGAUGAACCUCAGAGCCUCGUGUAUUUUUCUGUGGGUUCUCGGCUGCCCGUGGCUCAUAAGAAGGCCACUUUAAUCAGCUUGCAGGUGGCCAGAGAUUCUGGGACAGGACUAAGGAUGACUGUUAAGUUCAGUACCCAGGAGUUGAGGAGUGCUGAAACAAUUGGGCGGACUCUCAUAUCUCCAGCUAUUUCCGGGAAGGAUUUUGUGAGAACUGAAGGCACAUUGGUCUUUGAACCUGGCCAGAGAAACACCAUCGUGGACGUCAUCCUGACGCCAGACACCGGGUCUUUAAAUCCAUUUCCUAAACGCUUCCAGAUUGUGCUUUUUGACCCAAAAGGUGAUGCCAGAAUUGAUAAAGCAUAUGGGACUGCCAACAUCACUCUUGUCUCUGACACGGACUCGCAGGCAGUUUGGGGGCUUGCGGAUCAGCUACAGCAGCCCCUGGAUGGUGACAUUCUCAACAGAGUGCUCCACAGCAUCAGCGUGAAAGUGGCCACGGAGAACACAGACGAACAGCUCAGCGCUGUGAUGCAUUUAAUAGACAAGAUAACUAUUGAAGGAAAAAAUCAAGCAUUCAGUAUUGAAAGCCGAAAUCUUUUCUAUGAAAUUCUUUGUGCUCUUAUUAACCCAAAGCGCAAGGACACUAGAGGAUUCAGUCACUUUAUUGAAGUGGCUGAGAAUUUUGCCUUUUCUCUGCUGACUGAUGUUACCUGUGGCUCUCCUGGUGAAAAAAGCAAAACCAUCCUUGACAGUUGCCCAUAUUUGUCAAUACUGGCUCUUCACUGGUAUCCUCAGCAAAUCAAUGGGCACAAGUUUGAAGGAAAGGAAGGUGAUUAUAUUCGAAUUCCAGAGAGGUUACUGGAUGUCCUGGAUGCAGAAAUAAUGGCUGGGAAAAGUACAUGUGAAUUAGUCCAGUUUACAGAGUAUAGCAGCCAGCAGUGGUUUAUAACUGGAAACAAUCUUCCUGCUCUGAAAAAUAAGAUAUUAUCUUUGAGUGUGAAAGGUCAGAGUUCACAACCCCUGACUGACAACAAUAAGGUUGUCUACAGGAUUUAUGCUGCCGAGCCUAGAAUUGUUCCCCAGACGUCUCUGUGUCUCCUUUGGAAUCAGGCUGCUGCAAGCUGGUUGUCUGACAGUCAGUUUUGCAAAGUGGUUGAGGACGCUUUGGACCACGUGGAAUGUGCCUGUUCAUACAUGUCCGUGUACGCUGUCUACGCCCAGACUGACAACUUGUCUUCAUACAAUGAAGCCUUUUUCUCUUCUGGAUUUAUAUGUAUCUCAGGUCUUUGCCUGGCUGUUCUUUCCCAUAUCUUCUGUGCCAGAUAUUCCAUGUUUGCAGCUAAACUUCUGACUCACAUGAUGGCAGCCAGCUUAGGUACACAGAUUGUGUUUCUGGCGUCUGCAUAUGCAAGUCCCCGGCUCACAGACGAGAGCUGUUCAGCCAUGGCUGCGAUCACACAUUACCUGUAUCUUUGCCAGUUUAGCUGGAUGCUCAUUCAGUCUGUGAAUUUCUGGUACGUACUGGUGAUGAACGACGAACACACAGAGAGGCGAUAUCUGCUGUUUUUCCUUCUGAGUUGGGGACUUCCGGCUUUUGUGGUGAUUCUCCUCAUAGUUAUUUUGAAAGGAAUCUAUCGUCAGAGCAUGCCACAGAUCUAUGGACUCAUCCACAGUGACCUGUGCUUCAUCCCAAACAUUUAUGCAGCUCUGUUCACUGCAGCUCUUGUUCCUUUAAUGUGCCUCGUGGUGGUAUUCGUGGUGUUCGUCCACGCCUACCAGGUGAAGCCACAGUGGAAAGCAUACGACGACAUCUUCAAAGGAAGGACGAAUGCUGCAGAAAUUCCACUGGUUUUAUAUCUCUUUGCCCUGAUUUCUAUGACAUGGCUUUGGGGAGGCCUGCACAUGGCUUACAGACACUUCUGGAUGUUGGUCCUCUAUGUCAUUUUCAACAGUCUGCAGGGACUCUAUGUUUUUGUGGUUUAUUUCAUUCUACACAACCAGACGUGUUGCCCUAUGAAGGCCAGUUACACAGUGGAAAUGAAUGGGCACCCAGGACCCAGCACAGCCUUCUUCACACCCGGGAGUGGAAUGCCUCCUGCUGGAGGAGAAAUCAGCAAGUCCACCCAGAAUCUUAUCAGUGCUAUGGAGGAGGUGCCAUCUGAGUGGGAGAGAGCAUCCUUCCAACAAGCCAGUCAGGCCAGCCCUGACUUAAAGCCAAGUCCACAAAAUGGCGCAACAUUCCCUUCUUCUGGAGGAUAUGGCCAAGGGUCACUAAUAGCGGAUGAGGAGUCCCAGGAGUUUGAUGACUUGAUAUUUGCAUUAAAAACUGGUGCUGGUCUCAGUGUCAGUGAUAAUGAAUCUGGUCAAGGCAGCCAGGAGGGAGGCACCUUGGCUGACUCCCAGAUCGUAGAACUCAGAAGGAUACCCAUCGCCGACACCCACCUCUAGCGCCUCAGUAACCAUUAGAAUGAGGAUACUUUCAAUUUGUGUUGGCUUUGUGCUAAAACUCUAUAAGUGUAUGCAGCCGUAUAAUAGGAAUCUGUGAAUUGUCCUGGAUGGUUAACCCAGUGAUUGUUGUGUUUGGAAUAUAAAUUACUUACCUUUGUGCAACCUGAAAAGUCACUGCUAUAAUGAAAGACUGAAUCGAUUUAUAUCAGUUAAUAGGAUGUACAUAUUCUAAGAACAUUAGUUGUUUUUUAAUCAUCCUACAGGGCUAACAUUGUUGAAUAAAAGUAAUAACAAUCAAUAAAAACAAUAGAAUCCA